AUGGAUGAAUCCUUGCACGUUACCUUCAUAUUCGAUCGCCCAAUUAAACAACCAAAUAUUUUAAUUACCAACAAAAUUCUUCAUUGUAUCGAAUACCCAACUAUAAAUAUAAUGAAUAGUAGCAAUGUUGCUCCAGCCAAAGAAAUCCUGAAACAGGGAGAAAUGGAGUGUGAAGAUGUUGAUGCACAUAUUGAAGAUGUUAAUGCACAUUUUGAAGACGUUAGUCAACAAGUUUUGCGGAAUGAUAUCUGGGAUGCUCUAAAAGCGGAUGAAAUAGCCGAAGCGUCGCUGCAAGUUUCAGCUGAAACAGUCGAUUCUUUUGCUGGAGAUGCACAAAGUCAUCUUUUUGGACAAUUCCUAUCAAUUGCAACCAACUUCGCUUCGUUACCAUUUGCUGAAAACCUACACAGAAUUCCAGAAUUAGUAGAAAGUAUUACGGGAUUGCUAGAAGAAAUGAUGAAAGAAGUUCGAGAAUACAGUGAUAUGGCAAGUGAAUUUCGUGAUCUUAUUCAAUGUUUUGUUCAAAUGGUAACGGAAUUAAAACAUAACGUUAAUAUGAUGCUUCCUUUGCUUACAUCUGCCAAAUCACAAAUAGGCCUUCUUGGAGAUGUUCUGAGUCAUCA